UCUCACUCGAUUUUCUCUCCGGCGUCUCUCACUCGAUCGACCGUGCAUUAAGAAGCAGGGAAAGUCAUUCUAGAAACAUGCCGGGUCAAAAGAUUGAAACGGGUCAUGAGGACAUGAUCCAUGACGUCCAAAUGGAUUACUACGGAAAGAAAGUUGCAACUGCCUCAUCUGACUGCACCAUCAAGAUAACCGCCGUCACCACCAACAACGACGGUGGAGGAUCACAGCACCUAGCUACACUAACCGGCCACCGUGGUCCCGUCUGGCAGGUCGCGUGGGCCCACCCCAAGUUCGGAUCAAUCCUAGCCUCAUGCUCCUACGACGGUCAAGUCAUUCUCUGGAAAGAAGGCAACCAAAACCAAUGGACUCAAGCACACGUCUUCACAGACCACAAAUCUUCUGUCAACUCCAUCGUUUGGGCUCCUUAUGAGCUCGGACUCUCCUUGGCUUGCGGGUCAUCAGAUGGGAACAUUUCGGUGUUCACGGGACGUGCUGAUGGUGGCUGGGACACGACCAAGAUUGAGCAAGCUCACCCGGUUGGUGUCACUUCUGUCUCGUGGGCUCCAUCCACUUCCCCUGGUGCUCUUGUCAGCUCUGGGUUGCGUGAUCCGGUUUACAAGCUGGCUUCUGGUGGGUGUGAUAAUACUGUGAAAGUGUGGAAGCUCUCUGACGGGUCGUGGAAGAUGGAUUGCUUCCCGGCUCUGCAGAUGCAUACUGAUUGGGUCCGUGAUGUGGCUUGGGCGCCCAACUUGGGUCUCCCUAAGUCGACCAUUGCUAGUGGCUCACAGGAUGGGAAAGUGAUUAUCUGGACGGUGGGGAAAGAAGGUGAGCAGUGGGAAGGUAAGGUUCUCAAGGACUUUAUGACUCCGGUGUGGCGUGUCUCGUGGUCGUUGACAGGUAACAUGUUGGCUGUGUCCGAUGGGAAUAAUAAUGUGACGGUGUGGAAAGAGGCGGUUGAUGGAGAGUGGGAACAAGUCACCGGUCUUGAGCCGUAGGUGUUUUAAAAUCUUUUGUUCAGACAGGUUUGGUGGUCUUCUGAGGGAAUGUGGAUGUGGUUUUCUUAAUUUUGGUUCGUAACAUCUGGACUUUAUUCUUUUCUAGACUCAUUGUUUUUUUAAAAACUUCUAUAAACCACAUUUUCAUGAA